AUGGCUUCCUCCAACACCGUCAACGUCAUCCGUUACUCGGCUCUCAUCUUCGGUGUCGCCUACGGCUUCCUCCACAACAGGACGCUCCACAAGGAGGCCGCCGACCAGGGUCUCCAGAACAAGCUGCACAAGCGUGAGGAGCUCAUUGCCGAGGCCAAGCGGCAGUUCGCGGCCAACAAGGCCGCCAAGCAGGAGGAGAAGAACGUCAUCACCGACCCCUCGUCCGACAAGUUCGACCUCGAGGCCGCCAUCAAGCACUGGGCCGGCGAGAAGGCCUAA